AUGGAAGUUAUGGGUCUGAUGCUGGGGGAGUUCGUCGAUGAAUACACAGUUCGCGUGGUUGAUGUCUUUGCCAUGCCUCAGAGCGGUACUGGUGUCAGUGUCGAGGCUGUGGACCCUGUCUUCCAGACCAAAAUGAUGGAAAUGUUGCGGCAAACUGGGCGGCCAGAGACCGUCGUUGGCUGGUACCACUCUCAUCCUGGUUUCGGAUGUUGGCUGUCAUCCGUCGAUAUCAACACACAGCAGUCGUUCGAACAGCUCACUCCACGAGCCGUUGCUGUUGUGGUGGAUCCAAUUCAAUCUGUUAAGGGAAAGGUUGUCAUUGAUGCUUUCCGUCUCAUCCAGCCUCAGACCGUUGUCAUGGGCCAGGAGCCUCGGCAAACAACAUCCAACUUGGGUCACCUGAACAAGCCGUCCAUUCAGGCAUUGAUCCACGGCCUGAACAGACACUACUACAGCAUUGCUAUCAACUACCGCAAAACAGGACUGGAGGAGAACAUGCUAAUGAACUUGCACAAGCACGUCUGGACAGAGGCCCUGCAGAUGAACGACUUCCACGAGGAAGGCCAACACAAUGUGGAGCGGAUGAAGCAGCUCGUCAACCUUGCCGAGGGCUACGAGAAGCGGGUCAAGGAGGAGACGGAACUCACCAAGGACCAACUCAAGACACGAUAUGUCGGAAAGGUUGAUCCUAAGAAGCACAUUGAGGAUGUGAGCCAGCAACUGAUUGAGGAUAAUAUCGUUGCGGUCUCGCGGCAGAUGAUUGAUAAGGAGGCGUCAGUGGCACGACUGUCUAGUGGAAAGGAUGCCCAAAAUCAGACGGGCAUGGACGUGGACGAAGAGCUGUAG